UACAGUACAUAAAAUCUCAAAGCAGAAGCUGAAGGGGACAUUUUUUUUAAUAUCUCAUGCAUGGCUCUGGGAAUGUAUUUGUCACUGUUCCUUUGCUUAUUAAACGGACUCCUCCAGGCAGCUGGGCGUGGGAGUCUUCUGAACAUUGAGGGGAGAGCUGGUGGGACCGCUGUCCUGCUUUGUCUCUACAACCUGACAGCUCUUGACAACAGGACAGGAAAUCUGGACAUUGAGUGGACUGUCAGAAACACAGCGAACAUCAGUGAUCCAGUGAUCUGGUUUUCAGGAAACCAAGUUUUUAAACUGGUCCCGUCUUUCAGCACCAGAAUAUCUUUCUCAAGUGAUAAUCAAACUACUGGAGAUGCUUCUGUAAAGAUUAUCUCCCUGAGAACAGAAGACUCUGGACUUUAUCAAUGCCAGGUGAAGAAAGUCCCUUUUAUUCAGAAGACAACCAUCAACAUGACAGUUUUAGAAGAUCAGAGAAUGACAGAGGAGGCCCCCUCCAAAUAUAUUUUCACUUCUGUGCCUCUCCUGUUGCUGCUCAUCUUGGUGCCUUUGGGGAUUUGGUGCUUCAGAAGAAAAUGUGCUUCUGAGGAGAGAAAGGUAGAGGGCUCUUCUUCGGUCUUAAAGGAGAACGAAGUUUAUGAGUCAGUGGAUAUGCAAAGAAGACUCAAAUAAAAGAAAAUGCCAGUUCAUCCUGCAAGAUCAUCCUGGGACCGAGCCCCGAGAUGUGGAUCUCAGAAUGGCCAUCUAAUCCGCGGGUGUGACACACUGUCCUGGGAGAAGGUCACUCAGCGGGGAGGUCUGUGGGACUGGAUGGCAUUCUGAGAAAGACGACUCUGAAAAAGUUUGUGAAGCCAACUUGAUCCUUCUAGUGCAAUGACUGUGAAGCUAAUCUGUGAAGGCUUUUCUCUUGGAAAAGGACUGGAUUAUACUAUUGCUUUGUUCUUUUCGGCAAUUUCAAAGGUAAACAAAUACUUGUAUUAAAUGCUAUUUCUGUGACAUUUCUUAAUUUAUUAAAAUACUUUUUUGGUAAAUAAAGUGC